ACAGAUUCUCAAAAUUUUCUACAUGGAAAAUUCUUGUGCGUACGGUUGCAUUUCUGCAACAUGUAACAAGAUCAUUUGCUGGAGUGAGUGGAUGUAGUGGUUGGCAUUACUGCACCAAAUCACAAACUGUUGAGGCAUUUCAAGAAGCAGAGAGAUUCAUUGUCAGGACUGUUCAACAAGAAGUUUUUACAGAAGAAAUUGAUUGUCUCAAGCAAAACAAAGCGUUACCUGAUUCAAGCUCUUUGCUGUCCUUGGAUGUUUUCCUUGACCCAGAUGACAUUCUCAGAGUUGGAGGACGCCUUAACAGAAGUAACAUGCCACGAUCCGAGAUAAACCCUAUUGUGGUCCCAGGAAAGCAUCACAUAGCUACUCUUCUUGUCAGGCAUUUCCAUGACAUGGCCCAGCAUCAAGGUAGACAUAUUACUUCAGGAACCAUAAGAAGUGCUGGAUUUUGGAUUACUGGUAGCAAACGCUUGGUAUCAACAAUAAUCUACAAUUGCGUAAAAUGCAGAAAACUGCGUGGAAAGUUUGCAUGUCAGAAGAUGGCAGAUUUGCCUCUAGACCGUCUAGAACCAGGUCCACCGUUUACGUACGUCGGAAUAGAUACUUUUGGCCCCUGGGAAGUUGUUACCAGGAAAACUAGAGGUGGCGCUGCUAACUCUAAGCGAUGGGCUAUUCUUUUCACAUGUCUGGUUAGUGAGGUGUGCAUAUUGAGGUUGUUGAAGAAAUGUCAUCAUCAUCAUUCAUCAAUGCCUUCAAACGCUUUGUUGCCAUAAGAGGAAAAGUGAAACAGAUACGCUCGGACAGAGGAACAAACUUUGUUGGGGCCACAGAUAACCUUCAGAUCAAUGCAGUGAAUGUUGAAGAUGGGCCCUUGAAGGAAUACCUAUAUAACAGUGGAGUUGUGUGGCUCUUCAAUCCACCACACUCCUCUAAUUUUGGUGGCGUAUGGGAACGCCUUAUCGGCGUGACGAGGCGUGUCCUUGAUUCCAUGCUUUUAAACAUACCUCCAGGGAGUUUGACACAUGAAGUUCUGACUACCUUUCUUGCGGAGGCAUCGGCCAUAGUAAAUAGCCGUCCAUUGGUACCUGUGUCCACAGAUCCUGAUGACCCUCUUCCUUUGAGUCCUUCAUUGAUCCUCACUCAUAAACCAGUCAGUACUGUUGAUCGUGCACCUACUGAUAGAAAGGAUCUCCUUCGUUCACAAUGGAGAAGAGUGCAGCAAUUAGCAGACACCUUCUGGAAGAGAUGGAGAUCCCAGUACCUUCAAACGUUGCAAAACUACAGGAAGUGGAAGCAUGAAAAACGCAACUUGGCAGUUGGAGAUGUAGUCUUGCUGAAGGAUAAUUCUGUGACACGUAACUCGUGGCCUAUGGGUAGAGUCAUCAGGGUAUUUCCUAGUGUUGAUGGAAGGGUACGAAAAGCAGAAGUUCGUGUUUUGUAUCGUGACGGACAUUUUGCAUUAUUUGUGCGACCUGCAACUGAACUAGUUCUUUUGAUUCAAGAUGUGUGAAUUGUAUUACUAUGUACACCAAAGCCUUUGUUCGAACUGACGUAUAAUCUUUGAAUAUCAGACGCAUGUCACUUACCAUAUUUUCCUAGUCACUGUAAGUGUAUUUUUAUAGUCAUUUUAUGAUUUUUAGUGAUGUUUUUAUAACAUCAGACGGGGAGUGUACCGACUAGUGUUAAUAUUUUUAUAUAGAGUAAUUGUUCUUUGUAAAAUUGUCAAGAUUCAGUUAGAGUUAUCUUCCUUGUAUGUAUGCGCUGCAGCCAUUGUGUUGUGUUUACGGUUUUCUCGAGGCAAUUGUGGCCUACUACAGUGUAAGUAAUAAUUUGUUUGUCUUAUGCAUCAAUGUUUAGGUGAGACAUGACGAAUAUAAUAUUUUCUUGUUAAUGCUCUGAAUCAUUUAUGCAUAUUUUUUGGAGAAUAGGAUGUAGCAUCACUGCCAUGCAUGUUAGCACGUGGUUGCUGAACCAAACUUUACCAACUUUUAAUCAUGAGUGCAUUUAUAUGAAACUUUGUUUAAAAUAUUUUGACAACUUCAGUAAGGAAUUUAUUGACUGUUAAUGAUAUAAUUUGAGUAAGAAAUCUUUCAAAGUUUUAUUGUAACCAACCCCUGUUUGAUAUGAAAAAGUAUGGAACACAGUUAAUGUCAAAAGUAAAUUGAAUGUAUUCUGUAUUUGAUGUACU